AUGAACACACUGGUGACUGAGACAAACUGCUUUGCCAAACAGAAAGGCCGACAGCUUUGGAAAGAGCUUACAAUUGAUGAACUCCGUGCAUACUUUGGCAUACUUCUGCUGAUGAGCACAAACCCUAGACAUCAAAUGUACCUGUACUGGAGCAGUGACAGUUUUUUCAAUUGUCCUGAAAUAUCAAAGGUUAUGUCGUUCCGUCGUUUUCAAGCCAUUAUGAACUGUUUGCACCGCACCGACCUAACCAAGGAAAAAAAGAAAGGUGAAGAAGGGUACGACAGAUUGGCAAGAGUGCGUCCUCUCAUUCUUGCACUGAAUAAAAGUUUCAAGAGACAGUACACUCCAUCAGCGCGCCAAGCCAUUGAUGAGAGUAUGAUACGAUUCAAAGGCCGGUCCUCACUUAAGCAGUUCCUUCCAAUGAAACCUAUCAAGCGGGGAUACAAGGUGUGGUGCAGAGCCGACUCUCAGACAGGUUACCUGAUUGAAUUUCUGGUCUACGAAGGUAAAGGUGCAGACCGACCUGCGAACGUAGGUCUCUGUGAGCAUGUUGUGCUCUCCCUCGUUGACCGAGUAGAGGCUGGCACGCAGCUAUAUUUCGAUACCUUUUCCCGUCCACACGCCUAA